AGGAGGUACCAACUCCUCUGCAAUUAUCACCCCACAGCAAUUCCUCGCAACUGUUAGCUUUGCACCUGAGGACUCAAUUAGAGAACUGCCGCUGGUCGGAAAAGCAGCCAAUGAAGUGCUUGGGCGGCAGGAGUGGGAGGAACGAACUCGGCUCUCGGAUCGGCGCAGUAGUUCAAGUUAGGCUGUUGGUGGACUUUCUGCUUUGGGCAGCUUUAGGAAGAGCAGACAAGAAACGGAUCCGUCUGCGAGCUGAGGACCCUACCAAAAAAGACACUGAAUGGCUGCUCCAGAUCCAGAAAAAAAUCUCCAGAAUGAAGCCACGUGUUCCAUCUGCCUGGAUUAUUUUCAGGAUCCGGUGAUGGUCAUAGACUGUGGGCAUAAUUUCUGUCGAAACUGCAUCGCACAGUGCCACAAUGGGUCCAUUUUCAGACUCCUCAUCUGCCCACAGUGCAGAAAGCCCUUUCCUUUGAAAAACCUUCACCCCAACAGGCAUCUGUGGAACAUUGUGGAACUUGCCAAACAGUUCAGCAAGAGACGGGCAAAUGAAACUGGCGACCAGAAGCUGUGUGAGAAACACCUGGAGCCGCUAAAACUGUUCUGUGAACAUGACCAGACUUCCAUUUGUGUGGUGUGUGACAGGUCCGUGGCACAUAAGAAACACAAUGUGGUUCCCAUAGAAGAGGCUGCUCAGGUUUACAAGGAUAAAUUGCAUCACUAUUUGCAGAUGCUGAAAGAAGAAAAAGGAAAGAUUUUGUCACUUAAAUUGGAUGUAGAGAAGCCAAGCCAAGAUCUGUUGAAAGACACAGCUGCUGAGAGGCAGAAAUUAUUAUCAGAGUUUCAACAGCUUCAUGAGUUUCUUGAGAAACACAAGCAGCAUUUAUUGUCCCAAGUGGAUGAGGUGGAAAAAGAAGUUGAGAGAAAAAAGAUGGGAGAUACAGCAAAAUUUUCUGAUGAGAUUUCCCGUCUUGGGGCCCUAAUCCAGGAGCUUGAGGAGAAGUGCCAGGAGCACCCAGGUGGGUUCCUCCAGGAUAUUGGAAGUACUCUUAACAGAUGUAAGGUGAACAAAUUUCAGCCUCCUGCUGUACUUGAUUGUUCUGACCUUAAGAGAAGACUCCAUGUAUUAUCUAAGGAAAGUGAAUCACUGCAGGAGGAAUUGAAUAAAUUCAAAGCAAUACUGUCUGAACCAAUAUGGAUUGAAGAGUAUGUGGUGCUGGACCAAGGUACCGCUCAUCCUCGAUUUGUUGUGUCUGAUAAUCGGAGAAUGGUAACAUGGGGACCUUUUCGGCAGGAAGUGCCCUACAGCCCUGAGAGAUUUGACCCAGCCCGCUGCAUGCUUGGUUCUCAUGGAUUCUCAUCAGGGAAACAUCACUGGACAGUGAAUGUGGAGGAUGGAACUUUCUGGGCUGUAGGUGUGGCCCAAGAGUCUGUAAAAAGAAAAGGACAGUUCCAUUUUGUGCCUCAGGAAGGGAUUUGGGCUGUGGGCCUUCAUAAUGGUCAGUACAGAGCUCUGACUUCACCUCCUGACCUUUUGCUUCUAAAUAGCCCCCUUAACAAGAUCCAGGUUUGUCUGGAUUAUGAAGGAGGGACUGUAGCUUUCUGUGAUGCUGAACAACAGCGUCAGUUCUAUUGCUUUCCAGCAAACUUCGAGGGAGAAAAACUCUUUCCUUUCUUCCGUGUUGGGGACAUGAAGACUACCCUUUUCCUUUGCUAA